AUGCCUAUGCCUAGGAAGUUUGAAGUGAUCAACGGCGCAUAUACACAUAUUCGGAGGGAAGGUUUCAUUUGGCGGUGCUCGAGUUCGAUACGAGGCAUAGGGUCCCGCAGCCAGGUUUUCUUAUUCGAGAAAGAGGGAUUUUUCUUGGGGAGACGAAGGGAUAGGUUGAUGAUGACGGACGGCGGCAAUAUCAUCGGACGGCGUGAUAGCAAUUCCAAGAUUGUAGGAGCGGCGACACAGGAGUGGACCUCUGGUGAUCAUGAUGAUUGUAAUGACGAUAUCCCAGGCCUUCCCUCGGGUAUCGCCCCCCCCGUCUUGUGUCAGCAUCUCGUCAGCAGGAAUGGGACGGAAGUAGGGGAUGGGGACGAACAACUGGAGCCAGGUGCUAAAAAAAAGAUUAAGGGACCAUAUGAUGUGCACUACACUGGCAUUAGCUUAUUUGGUGCUGUUCCAUCCUUUGGUGAUGACAAGAUAAUCAUCGGCGAAGUGAUAGCAGGGGGGGGGGAUAUGACCGUCGUGGUAGUUUGGGGGGGCAUCAAGCAUGGCAGUGGGCAUACUACAACCUGUUCGGACGUUCUCCGGAGUCCAGAAUGCGUGAUGCAGCACUAA